UUACCGCCAAUUUUACAUCCUGCCGUCAUCCACUCCUUGCUCUCGCUCUGCUCCCAUGGCUGAUGGUUAGCUUCUCUGCGUCUCUCAUCGGCACUCGUCACCACUGCCGGAGAAGAUGUUACGGAUCGCCUCAUUUCCCUCUCGACCAUUGGCAUUAAGUUCAUCCGACUCCCUGAAUGUAUUUUCUUGUCCAAUUCAUUCUCGUACGGCUUCCCGCCGGCGUCGGAAAGUAUCUCCUCGGAAUCCUAAUCUCAAGCGGCUGACCUCUCGUGUCGUGCGACUCACUCGCCGGAAGCAGCUUCACCAGGUAUUUGAGGAAAUUGAAAUUGCCAAGAGACGUUAUGGAAAGUUGAAUACAAUUGUUAUGAAUGCGGUCCUGGAAGCUUGCGUGCACUGCGGUGACAUUGAUUUAGCUCUGAGGACUUUUUAUGAAAUGUCAAAGCCAGAUAAUUGUGGCGUAGACAAUGUCAGUUAUGGCACACUAUUAAAGGGUUUGGGUGAAGGUCGAAAAGUCGAUGAAGCAUUUCAAUUGCUUGAAUCUGUGGAAGAAGGUACCGCUAUUGGAAGUCCAACAUUGUCAGCACCCCUUAUUUAUGGUCUUCUAAAUGCUUUAAUUGAAGCAGGAGACAUGCGCCGUGCCAAUGGUCUAAUUGCACGAUAUGGGUUCAUACUUCGUGAAGGAGGCAAUCUCUCUACUUCAGUUUACAACUUAUUGAUGAAGGGGUACAUAAGCUCAGGUGUUCCUCAGGCUGCUAUAGCUAUGUAUAGUGAGAUGCUAAAUCUCGGGUUACAACCUGAUAGGCUCACUUACAAUACGUUAAUCUCUGCAUGUGUGAAGAUUAACAAAUUGGACGCAGCAAUGCAUUUCUUUGAGGAAAUGAAGGAACGAGCUGACAAAUAUGACCAGGAAGAUAUUUUUCCUGAUGCUGUGACGUACACUACAUUACUUAAGGGGUUUGGGAUUUUGAGAGAUGCCCGUGUAGUUCACAUGAUUGUGCUGGAAAUGAAAUCUUGUCAUGAUUUUUUUAUUGAUCGAACAGCAUACACCGCAAUGAUUGAUUCUUUGGUUAAUUGUGGCUCAAUAAACGGUGCUCUUUCAUUAUUUGGGGAAUUAUUGAAGCUUUCUGGAUGGAAUUCAGACUUUCGGCCAAAGCCACAUCUUUAUCUCUCUCUUAUGAGGGUUCUUUCUAGUAGAGGCGAUUAUCGGAUGGUCAAAUGUUUGCAUAGACGCAUGUGGCUGGACUCUUCCGGAACUAUUUUUCCUGGAUUUCAAGAAGAAGCAGACCAUCUUCUCAUGGAGGCAGCUUUAAACGACAAUCAGAUUGACGUGGCAAUAGAGAAACUGUCAACAAUUAUUAAGAUAUGGAAGGGAAUCUCAUGGACAAGUCGAGGAGGCAGUGUUGCUCUUCGCAUAGAAGCAUUGCUAGGAUUCACCAAAUCAUUCUUCAGUCCUUGCAUAUUUCCUCGGGUAAAUCCUAGUGCACCUAUUGAGAGUGUUAUGAUGCCAUUUAAAGCAGUUGAGCCUUUAAAUGGCAGCAUGCAGUUGAAGGAAGUGGUGAUGCAUUUCUUUGACAAAUCAGUUGUGCCCAUCGUAGACGAAUGGGGCAGAUGCACUGGAUUAUUGCACCGUGAAGACUGUACUGAGUUGGAUGCUCCCCUUUGGAAGAUUAUGAGAAGCCCUCCUCCUAGUGUAACUACUACAACAUCCAUUGGACACGUCGCGAAUCUAAUUCUACAAAAGAGGUACAAAAUGGUUAUUGUUGUAAGACAUAGCAAGUUUAGUACAUAUGAUGGCUCGAGUUUGAGGGCUGUCGGCGUUUUUACUGCUGAGAAAUUGUAUGGGUUUGUUUCUCCCCUUCCCUUGCCACCCCAGCCAAACAACCCACGUAACAGGUGAAAAUAACACUCAAUUGAAUGUCAUAAGAGAUUUCUAACAUCUCACUAGUUCUAUCUUUGAUUUUAUAUCAUAGCAAAUA